AUGUCAACGAAUUCCUUUAAAGAAGAUGUGAAGAAUGUAUCGGGUCUUACAAUUAAAACUACAGUUCAAGUUGCUGCAUCCUAUGUUCCUAUAGUCGACUCAGUGAGAACUUUAUUUAAUGAAAUUUAUAAACUUUAUGAGAAUGCCGAAUGUAAUAAAGAAAUGUGUAUUCAAAUGAUGGAACGAGUAGAAGCAGCAAAAUAUGCAAUAGAAAGAAUGACUAGAAGGAAUGAUAAUUAUUGUUAUGAAAGAGAAUAUUCAUUAUCUCUUAAAAGAUUUGUAACCGUUCUAACAGAUAUUAAAGAAUUUACUAAUAAAGUUUCAAAACUCGAAGGCUUUAGAAAAUUUAUUGAAGCAAAUAAAAUUAAACAACAAUAUGAUAAAUUAGUUCAUGAAUAUGAUGCUUGUAUGAAAGAUUUACAUUUUACUGUAACAAUUGCUAGUGAAAAUGAAAGAAGUGAUGAUUCUAAAAAAAUUGAUAAAGCUUUAAAGAAUCUUGAGAAGCUUAAUUAUGGUAUCGAAAUUACCAAUAAUAAACUUGAUGAUAUACAAUCCAACAUAACAAAAAGUAAAUCGAGUGGUGCCAAUGCACCAAGAGUCAAAUUGGAUGAUCCUCCAACGGGAAAUUACAGUCGUGGCUCUGUCAUUAAGAAGUAUCAUAGGGGCGCUGAAGUUGCAUGUAAGCCCAUCGGAGAUUCUUCAAAGCAUCAAUCCGAAUUAGCAAUCCUUGUGGAAUUAGGUGUAUCACCAAACAUUCUCAAAUUCUACGGUCUUUCAAAUUUCGACAACCAUGAAUCUAUGGUCUUUGAAUGGGCCGAAUUUGAGGAAUUAAAAAAACUUUAUGACAAAUUUGAUAUUCCCUGGACUAGAAAAGUACAAAUGAUUCGUGAUAUCUGUCGUGGUCUUGUAUUUUUACGUGAAUUAGACAUUCUUCAUCAUGAUAUUAGAUGUGAAAAUAUUUUUGUAUCACAAAGCUUAGAUCCAAAGCUUGGAAAUUUCGUAUACGCUCGCAAAGCGAAUGCAGAUACUACUAAAUUUUUGUUUCAAAAUAAAAUAGAAAUGUUUCGUUGGAUGGCUCCUGAACAAAUUAAAAAAUGUCAAACUAAUCCUAAAGAAAAAGGAUAUACAUUUAGUUGUGAGAUGUAUAGUUUUGGAAUGCUCAUUUGGGAACUCUGUUAUGAAAAGAUUCCUUACAAAAGAUAUAUAAACCCUAUGAAAAUAUCUAAUCAUGUUUUAAGUGGUAAGCGUGAAAAACUUUUAGUCGGAAAAUCCGAUAACCCUGAUGAUGUGAUUAUUCAGAAAAAACUAAUUAAAUUAGUUGACUCAGGCAAGAUAACUACUUCUAUAAAGAUUCAUUUAUCUUAUCUUGUAAAAUUACAUAGAAAACUUGAAAAAUUAGCAAAAGAAUACCCAAUUCCUUUUAAUCGUCCAUUACUUUUAAGAGAUAAAGAAUUGGAUUUGGGAGCAUGUGAAGAAGUAGAUCUUGACAAAGGGAUUGAAUUUCAUAAAAAGAGAGAAUAUGAAAGCGCAUGGAAAUGUUUUGAAGAAAAUGCUGAUUUUGGUGAUCCAGUAGCAAAAUAUUGGCAAGGAUAUUAUUUGUUUAAUGGAUAUUUUGUUGAAAAAGAUGAAGAAAAAGCAAACAAAUUUUUUAAAGAGGUUGCUGAUAAUGAUGAAAUAUAUUGGCAUGUGGAUAGUGAUGCACAAUAUCAAAAUGCAGUUUCUGAUGCGUCAUAUCGUUAUGCUGUUUCAUUACUAAAUGAUGAAAAAAAAAGAGAAGAAAACCGCGAUGAAAUUAUAAAAUAUCUAGAAUUGGCAAACAAGAAAAAGAAUCCUGAUGCAAUGUAUUGUUUGGGCAAUAUUUAUGUAAAUGGAAAACUUAAGGUGGAACAAAAUGUAGAUCUAGGAUUACAAUAUUUAAAUUCCGCUUUGAAGCAUAAUUUUUCAGAUAGGGAAAAGGUUGUUGAUUUAUUGAAUAAGUUUAGUAAAAAUG